ACAAUAAAAACGUUCUGUUGCAGCAGUUGAGGAACCCUCUAACUCUACUGUUGAGAGAAAAAAAUUAAAGACUCAGACUCAAAUGGCGAAGAAUCCUGUUCUUCAGUUGUAUGAAAAAGCAAAUUCGUAUGCAGAUGGAGGUGUAGAAGCUGAAAAAUUGACGAAUUCUCUUCUGUAUAUGGUAGCUGUUGAUUAUAUGCCACUCUGCUCCGUUGAAAAACAGGGAUUGAGACAAUUUGUGAAAACCGCAAGACCUCGUUAUUCUAUGCCCUGUCGUAAGACUAUUACUAAACUAAUGAGUGAUAAAUAUGAUGUCCUGAAAAUAAAAGUCAUGAGCGAUAUAGGUAAAUGCCCAUUUUACUCAUUGACAUGCGACAUUUGGACUGAUAUUUCCCAGAAAAGCUACUUAGGUGUAACUGUCCAUUAUUUAUCUGCUAACAAUCUGGAAGUAAAAAGCACAAAUCUUUGUGUUCAGUCACUGGAUUCCGCGCAUACUGCAGAAAAUAUAGCAUGCUCUUUGAAAAUGAUUUUCGAAAAUUACAAUUUGGAUAUAAACAAAAUAGUAGCCGUGACUAGUGACAGUGCACCGAACAUGAUAAAAUCGAUUAAUACAGUUUUUCAACCGGAAAACGAUAGACGACUCCCAUGCUUCGCUCAUCGCUUGUCUCAUGUGGUUCCUACAGCUAUAUCCAAAAUGUCAAAUAUUAAAGAAAUCAUCGACAAAGUCAAACGUAUUGUGAUGGUUACCAGAAAAAGUGUUCCUGCUUCUGAUGAAUUGCUGAGACUUCAAAAGCGUGACGGUAAAACGGAUGGGACUGCACUUAAAUUUAUUCAAAGCGUUGAAACGAGAUGGAACUCGACCUAUGAUAUGCUUGAACGAUUUUUACUUUUGGAAAACUAUGUUUAUCCUGUAACUUCUAAGUGCAAUCAUCCACCUCCGUUAUUAAGUCAUGAAGAAACUACCAUUUUAAAGGAUCUUGUUCAUUUGAUGAAACCUGUGAUGAUUAUUAUAUCUCAAAUAAGCGGCGAUUCUUAUUUGACAUGCAGUAUGAUUAUUCCAAGUGUUGCAAUUAUGAAAAAAGAAAUCUCCUUAUCGAAGCCAAAAACGGAAGAAGGGAUAGCAUUCAAAGCUCACCUAUCUGCUUCUCUUGAUAACCAAUUUAAAGAUAUUGAGUCAUUCAAAAUACUGGGCAUUACAACUAUAUUGGAUCCUCGUUAUAAAAAAUUACAUUUCCAAAGUGCGAUGUCCGCCGCGAAUGCUGUAGACUUCAUAAACAAACAAAUGAAGUUGAGCUUUUCUAAAAGUUCUGGGUCUAAAUCAGUUUCAACUGAAAAUAUAUUCGUAGAGGAGUUAAACGCAGAUAACAUUUGGCGGUACCACGAUGAACUUGUAGCCAAAACUAAGGCAAAAGUUCACACGAUGGAUGGAUUAACUUUUGAACUGAAACAGUAUAUGACACAGCCAAUAAUUGAUAGAUCUGAAGAUCCCUUAAAACAUUGGCAAUUAUUGAAACCGUCUCUACCUAAUUUGUAUGAAGUGGCUAUGAAAUAUUUUUGCGUUGUUGGAACAUCUGUUCCAUGUGAGCGACUUUUUUCUGAAGCUGGUAACAUUAAGACUGCCGAUCGUAAUCGACUGACAGGAAGUAAUUUAAAUAAAUUACUUUUUUUGAGCAGUUUAAGUAGUGAAGAAUGGGGAUUAUAGGUUAUAAUUUAUAACUAAAUCUUU